GGAACGGAAAGGUGCGGUCAACACACCGAACCCGACCCCGACCCCAACACCGCAGGGCGGAUAAACAAACCGAGCAACCCCGCUGCCUUUCCUCACCAUUCCUCUUCCCCCGUCUCCCCCUUCCUCUCCUCUCCUCGCCUCCUCCUCCUCCCCGUCUGCUCCGCGCGUGCUGCCCGAGGUGGCCAGGAUGAACAGUCCGAGGGACGCUCCGAGCUCGUGGCGGGAACUCUGAUCCGCGGCCCGUGUGUUUCGGGUGGAGUGGCGACGUGCUCUCCGGCUUGGCGGAAUGGACAGCUUGUAGCGGCCAUUGCUUUUGCAUAUACACUUACUAUUGCUGUUAUCAUUUCAGAGGAGGUACUGCCAGUCUCUAGGGUUUUGUGUGCCUUAUUAUCUGGCACUGACUACCAUAGAUGUCAUUUCGUAGCAUAGUCCGUGAUGUUAGGGAUGGCUUUGGCAGCUUGUCGAGGCGGAGCUUUGAGGUGACCCUCGCAAGCAUUUAUGGCAUCACUGGGCACCACAAAGGGAAGGCCCAAAGCUCACUGCACGAGCUCGAUGACUCACCAUCCAUAAUCCCAGAAAGCCACUGGGCGAGCCUACCUCCUGAACUUAUCCGUGAUGUCAUACGGAGGCUGGAAGCUGAUGAGAGUACCUGGCCAUCCCGGAAGCAUGUCGUUUGCUUUGCAGCUGUUUGUAGGACAUGGAGGGAAAUGUGUAAAGAGAUUGUGUUGAGCCCAGAGUUUUGUGGGAAGCUCACCUUCCCUGUAUCUCUAAAGCAGCCUGGUCCUCGAGAUGGAAAUACAAUGAUUCAAUGCUUUAUAAAGAGGAAUAAAUCAAAAUCCACCUAUCAUUUGUACCUGUGCCUUAGCAAUGUUGUUACUGCAGAAAAUGGGAAAUUCCUCUUAUCAGCUAAAAGACAUCGCAAGACCACAUGCACGGAGUACACUAUCUCAAUGGAUGCUGACAACAUCUCAAGAUCAAGCAGAACAUACAUUGGAAAAUUGAGGUCGAACUUCCUUGGCACAAAAUUUAUAAUUUAUGAUACACAAUCCCCUUAUAACGGGGCUGUAGUUCCUCCUGUUGGAAGGACCAGCAGGAGGUUUAACUCCACGAAAGUCUCUCCAAAGUUGCCUUCUGUUAGUUACAGCAUCGCUCAGGUGAGUUAUGAGCUAAAUGUCCUUGGCACAAGAGGUCCAAGGCGGAUGCGUUGCAUCAUGCACUCCAUUCCUGCCUCGUCAGUGGAGCCUGGUGGCAUAGUGCCUGGCCAGCCUGAGCAAAUUGUGCCUCGGGCUCUGGAGGACUCAUUUCGCAGCACCGGUUCCUUCUCGCAGUCAUUCCGUAGCACCACCUCAUUCUCCAAGUCCAUCAUGGACCCAUCCAUGGAUUUCAAUAGUGCUCGCUUCUCGGACAUUGCUGGUGGGAGAUUGGAUCGCGAUGAGGAUGGUGAAGUUAAGGAGAGACCACUGGUGCUUCGCAAUAAGCCUCCGAGGUGGCAUGAGCAGCUACAGUGCUGGUGCCUCAACUUCCGUGGUCGUGUGACAAUUGCCUCAGUGAAGAAUUUCCAGCUGAUUGCUGCGACGAGCCCGCCACCUGGUGGCGCUCCAACUCCUUCGCAGCCUGCUCCAUCAUCAGAUCCUGACAAGGUCAUUCUUCAGUUUGGAAAAGUGGCAAGGGAUAUGUUCACAAUGGACUAUCGUUAUCCUCUCUCGGCUUUCCAGGCAUUCGCUAUUUGUUUGAGCAGCUUUGAUACAAAGUUGGCCUGUGAAUAAAUGGAGGGAAAAAAAGAAGGUAAAAGAGAACACAUUGCUGGCAUUAGGUCCCUAGUACAUCUUUGCAUUUUACUGUCGUGUUAUCUUGGUUGUAAUUGUGCUUGCCGUAGCCUUGCACUGGACAUAUAUGGAUGCAUGUAUUGUUGGCCCCUCUCUUCCGUGAUUACAAGUUCCCUUUGGACUUGCCCGAUCUGUAAUACACAUGCAGUGGCAAUGCCGCAUGAUAAGAAAGUUCCCAUUCGUGAUU